GAUGGGUGCUCAGUUUAAAUGUCAGAAUACGGUUGGGCUGUGGGAGCGGGGACCCAUUCAUCCUGCCGCUUCCACCGGUUAUACUUGAGCUGAACUUUCUUGUCACAGGAGUCAUGUGUUAUACCGCGACAGAGAACGCCACCGCUUGAAAUAACAGAAAUAGAAAUGGCAGAUACCACCGUGUCAUCACAAAAAGUGAGGUUUGACGACUGCAUGGGAAACGAAGGGCUGACCUUCCAGAGCAGCGAGCCCGCGUUCGGCGUGAGGACCGAUGGCUCCAUCUUCAUCCGGCAGGACGGGACCAGUUUGGUGGAACCUGUCCAGUUCAAGCUCACUGCCAGAGGGCCCAACACGCAUGUCUGGGAGACGGUGCUCCAACUGGCCCCGAUCGACCCCCCAGAGCCCCGGGAGGGAGGCAACGAGGUCACCGAAGAGGAGGCCAAGGUCCCCGAGAUGAAAGAGAAGAAGAAGGGGGAGGAGCUCCGCGCCCCGCCGACGGUCAUCAUGUUCCCGGGAUCGAGAGGCCGCCGCUCCGGGGGGCUGCACCGCCAGAAGAGAGACUGGGUCAUCCCCCCCGUCAACGUACCGGAGAACUCUCGCGGACCCUUCCCUCAGAUGCUCGUCAGCAUCCGCUCGGACCAGGACAGGGACAUCUCAAUCCGGUACAGCAUUACCGGGAUGGGGGCCGACCAGCCCCCCAACGAGGUGUUCAACAUCGACCCCGUGGCGGGCAAGAUGUACGUCACCAAGCCCCUGGACCGCGAGAUGCGCUCCUCCUACCACUUCUCCGGUGAGGUCCCUGAGAACCGGGUGGGCCUGGUGGUGGCUAACCUGACGGUGAAAGAUGCCGACCAGCCUCACUCGCCCAACUGGAACGCCGUCUACCGGAUCAUCAGCGGCGAUCCCUCCAACCACUUCUCCAUGCGCACCGACCCCGUGUCCAACGACGGCAUGGUUACCGUGGUGAAGCCCGUGGACUACGAGAUGAAUCGGGCCUUCAUGCUGACGGUGGUGGUCUCCAACCAGGCCCACCUGGCCAGCGGCAUCCAGUCCUCCCUGCAGUCCACCGCCGGGGUCACCAUCUCCGUCCAGGACAUCAACGAGCCCCCCUACUUCCCCACCAACCCCAAGAGCAUCCGCUUCGAGGAGGGGGUCCCGGCCGGCACCAGCCUCACCACCUUCUCCGCCACCGACCCGGACCGCCUGCAGAUGCAGCAGAUCAUCAGGUACACAAAGCUGAACGACCCCGCGCUGUGGCUGUCCAUCAACAGGACCAGUGGUCAGAUAGUUACCAUAGCAACCCUGGACCGGGAGUCCACCUAUGUGAAGAACAACGUGUAUGAGGCUACGUUCCUGGCUAUAGACAGUGGUUCUCCCCCGGCCAGCGCCACCGGCACCCUGCAGAUCUACCUCAACGACAUCAACGACAACCCGCCGGCGCUGGUGCCACGCGAGGCCCAGCUGUGCGAGCGCGUCAACAGGAACACCAACGGCGUCAACAUCACGGCGGCCGACGCCGACACGGACCCCAACGCCGGGCCCUUUGUGUUCGAGCUGCCCAACUACCCGCCAAGCAUCCGACGCAACUGGACCAUCUCUCGCAUCAGCGGCGACUACGCCCGCCUGGGCCUGCGCUACCAGGUGUACCUGGAGUCGGGCGUGUACGAGGUCCCCAUCGUGGUGUCUGAUUCGGGGAACCCUCCGUUGUCCAACCGCUCCGUCAUCAAGGUGAAGGUGUGUCCAUGCGACCGCAACGGAGACUGCACCACGCUGGGGGCCGUGGCGGCCGCGGGCCUGGGCACCGGCGCCAUCAUCUCCAUCCUGGUCUGCAUCAUCAUCCUGCUGUGCAUGGUGCUGCUGUUCGUGGUGUGGAUGAAGCGCAGAGAGCGGGAGAGGCAGACCAAGCAGCUGCUCAUCGACCCCGAGGACGACGUCAGGGACAACAUCCUGAAGUACGACGAGGAGGGCGGGGGGGAGGAGGACCAGGACUAUGACCUCAGCCAGCUGCAGCAACCCGACUCCCUGGAGCACAUCAUCAGCAAGCCCCCGGGGGUCCGCCGGGUGGACGAACGCCCCAUCGUCCCCGAGUCCCAGUACCCCAUCCGGCACGUCCUGCCCCACCCUGGAGACAUCGGGGACUUCAUCCACGAGGGUCUGCGGGCGGCGGACAACGACCCCACGGCGCCCCCCUACGACUCCCUGCUGGUGUUCGACUACGAGGGCAGCGGCUCCACGGCGGGCUCCGUCAGCUCCCUCAACUCCUCCAGCUCCGGGGACCAGGACUACGACUACCUCAACGACUGGGGCCCGCGCUUCAAGAAGCUGGCCGACAUGUACGGCGGAGGGGACGAGGAUUAAAACAAAACACAAACGCAAAAGACGAAACGGCAACGGAAUUGAACAACCGCGCUCGAGUGUGCACU